AAAGACUGCUAUGCUUUCUUCUCGCCCGCAAGGAUCACUUUGUGGCCAUUGGGAUCCAUGACGCCCAGCACUACCUUGCCGAACAUUUCCGUGGGUUUCAUAAACAACUUUCCAGCGUUCUCCGUGUCUUUCUCCAUCAUUAUUUGCUGUAGUUGUUGAUAUAGGUCGUCCAUGUCGGCUUUUGUAGCAAUGACGAAAUGAUCCAAGCAGUUGCCCUUGUCUAAUUCCGACGCGGGCUCAAAGACCAGAGUCGUAGGGACGCCGUAGAAUUGUUUGUUGUUGUCUGAGGAGUCUUCACCGCCUUUGUAGCGCAAACACAACAUCUUUCCGUCGUCAUCGGCAGCCGCCACCGUCAUGCCUAGAAUGUCGGUAUAAAAGUCGGUUGUGGCUUGCAUGUCGGCAGUGUGUAAACACAACCGCGCCAAGUAGUCCCCCGGUGCCGAUGCGCACGAUUGCACUGGAAUACCGUUGGGUUCGUCGGCAUCAUCAAUGAGUUGCGCCUCGUCUUUAUCGUUGCCCGCAAUGACAGCAAUCAAAUCCUGCGGAGAAGCGUAUUGUACCAAUUUACUGACGCCCAGGUAGGACACGGCAUUGCCCAAUUGAAACGAUUUUUGUCGAGUCCUUACAAUUUCGAGUGCAAAGCAAUCUUCUGUAGUCUUGCCAUUGCCCAGUACGACAAAGGCGGAUCGUAGCGUGUCUUUUGUGUUGUCAGUCUCCUGAUCGAGCUUGGAACUAGCCGUGACUUGAGCAUUGGCCGUCUCUUUCCAAUACGCCACAGUGUCAUCCACCGAUGGUACUUGCAACAUGACGUGGCUCAAUCUCGAAGAGGAGGUUGCCAAGAGAUUCUCGUAUUCAUCAUCAUUCUUGGAUUCUCCAUUGGUCGCCUUGAGACUAAAAAAAGAUGAUGGCGGAGUACCAAGACGGCAUGCACUUCUGGAUAAAGGAUGACUAUGGCUGACUACUGUUGCUUCUUGGAGACAAAAUGCCGAUGUGCUCCCCACAAGAAGAAUGAGGUAAAAAACUGUAUAUACAUGUAGUUUCGGAAUCCAGAUGUCUUGUGAAUUUCUUUGUUUGAGAUGAUGAUGUUGUUGUUGUGGACUUGGCCACCUUACAAGUGCUUCAUUCACAGAUGGCAUGUUCAUAUUUUACUGGGGGCUUUUCAGAGGAUCUGGCUUCCAAGUUGAUUUGGAUGAAUGGCUCUGACUCCACUGUGACCGGCUCCUUUCUUGGAGACCUCAUCUUUUUCCUCCUCGAUUGCUGAUGAAGUGCCGAUGAUUUUGUGGACCAUAAGAUUCUACAGUGAGGUUAGCGCUAAAUGAAAGAUUCGAAAUCUUUCUCCUCCCAAUGUCUUUGCCUGCUUUCGCGCGCCCGCUCUUAUUCGGUCGGUGGUACCAGUACUAGUAUUGUCAUUUGACCUGUUCACUCAUACCGGUACCGGUACCGGUACCAUACAGCACCCUCUUCCAACCCAAAGUAAUUUAUCCUCUUUAGUCGAGUCGAGUCAGUGUAUGGUAAAUCAAAUAUCAAGAUGCUAUGUUGUGGCGGCGAUACCGUCAUCCUACCCAAAGCGACCGAGAUGAAGCUGGAUUGUUCGGAUGGCAUCCAGUUGGCGGCUCAAUCUUGGAAGGUAUCCACGACGUCAUCGGAAAUCAUGACUGAGGGUGUGAAACCAGAAGAAUUGCGUGUGUUGUGCCUGCAUGGCUGGAUGGACAAUGCCAACUCUUUUCACAUCCUGGCACCGGCUUUGAUUGAAUAUUUGGAUGCCAACAUGGCUGCGACGACAGAACAACAAGUAGAAUCCAAAAAGGCUGCGUGUUUUCGAAGUGUUCACGUCGUCUGUCUCGAUCUACCCGGCCACGGCCUUUCUUCCCAUCGCAGUCAAGAUGCACCACCCAUGAUCCGGGCCGAAUAUUUGUUUUACGUGGCCGAAGCGCUCCGACAAUUGCAAUGGGUCGACAAACCAAAACGAGGAAACAAUAGACAACCAAACGAUAAUAAACAAAAAUUCGUCAUUGUGGGACACUCCAUGGGAUCCGGCAUUGCCCUGCUCUAUGCGGCAGCAUUUCCCGAACAAGUGCGACAAUUGGUCUUUUUGGACGCCUUGGCUCCUUUAGUAGGACGCAGUGACACAUCGACCGCUCAGAAUCUACGACAAUACGUGCAAACACGACAAUUGGACGGACAAAUGUUGGCCGAUCCAGCCAAUCGGUUCUACUACCCCUCCAAAGAAGCCGCCACAAAGGCACGCAUUAAUUCCGCCAAAUCCUUUCCGGGAAAUCAAUACAUUUCCCAAAUGGCCGCCGAGCAAUUGGUGGAACGAGGCGUCGUCGAAGAUGAACCCAUCAAUAGUAAUAACGGAGCUCUCAAACGUCGGUUUCGAUUUCGACACGAUCCGCGGUUGGCAUGGAAAUCCCUCCUGAACUUGACACAAGACCAGCUGGACGAAUUGUACAGGGAAGUUCAAUGUCCAACGUGCAUAUUGCUGGGACAAGAUGGGUGGCCGUUUGAAGAAGCGCAAAAGCAGCGAGUGCAACAAGUGUUACAGCCAACCGUAUUCAAGACAAUGCCGGGAAGUCAUAGUUUGCAUGCCGAUCCCGACGUGGCAGAAGCGGUGGUACAAGAGAUUGUGGAGUUUCUGUUACAGCAAUGACACAGUACUGGUAUUAGCAGCAUGUAAUU